AUGAACUUUCUGAUAUUAUCACUAUUACCACUUCUCGUGGUUUCUCGAGAUUUCGAUGAUUCUUCUUGUAGUAGCAGUGAGGAAUCGGGUGGUGGAGGACCUCAUCGUCCACCAGGCGGCGGAGGAGGAGGUGGCGGUGAUGGCAGGGGAUGUCCAAGCGGAUGGCUGAGAUUCCGGAGACCUUCUGGUGUGUGGUGCGUAUUGGUCGGACAUCGCGCACAAGCGGAUGGAAUGCUCACUCAAGCAGCUGCUGAAGCUAUCUGUCAAAGUCAUGGUGCCACAUUAACCGGAUUCCAAAACUAUGAGGAGCGAAUGGCUGUUGCAAAUGAGGGUCUGAAACAUAUCGCAACGCUGAAGAAGCUUGUUGGAGGGCUUUGGGUUGGAGCCACUAAUAAUGCUGGAUGCAAGGAAAAGAGCUGUGGGCCAUUAGGUACAUUCAGAUGGACAGAUGGAUCGACAUCAGGAACAAGUGGAUUCGGAUGGGGCACCGGAGAACCGGAUAACUUGAAUUGGCCAGGAGCCACCGCCUGCAUUCAACAACUCAUUAUGCACCCAUCUUUCGCAACUUCUAAUGAUGGCUUGGCGGCAUGGAGAACUAACUUCAAACAUGGAGACCUCGAUAAGUAUCAAUGUACGACUCCUGCUGGACCAGCUGCUAGAUUGUAUGCAUGUGGAAAGAGAGGGUCUAGAUAA